UGUAACAGCGGCGACUUGAAAUUAGAUGCGGCAGUGAACAGCUGGUUAAAACAUGACAAGAACCCAACCACUCGCCAAGAGGUCCUAGAUGACAUUGCCAGCUCAAAAUGGGAGAAGUUAAAGAAGACAAUGCUCCAUCGUCAGAAGUUCGGCACUGCUGGUCUCCGAGGCAUGGGCGCCGGAUACACAUGCAUGAAUGAUGUUGUAGUGUUGCAGACUGCACAGGGUCUGUGCUCAUAUAUUCAGAAGUUAUGCAGUCAAACUCCUUUACAUAACGUUGUCAUUGGUUUUGAUGGAAGGCAUCACAGCAAAAGGUUCGCAGAGCUAACAGCGAAGGUAUUCGUCUCAGCAUCGAUUCCGGUGCAUCUGUUCUCGGCAGUGUGCCCGACGCCGCUGGUAUCGUUUGGUACGAUACUGUACGACGCCGCGGCCGGUGUGAUGGUCACCGCAUCCCACAACCCCAAAGAGGACAAUGGAUAUAAAGUGUACUGGGGGAACGGAUCGCAGAUAAUUUCGCCGCACGAUGAAAAUAUACUGGACGAGAUACUGCAGUGUUUGGAUAUACCAGACGAACACUGGGACAUAUCAGAGAUCCGCUCGCACGAGCUAAUAAAGGAUUGCCACGACGAGGUGACGUCGAAGUACAUGGAGUACAUUCGCGACAGUCUGCAUUCUGACGUGGUGGAGAACAACAGAUCAGCUGCGGUAGACACUGUGUACAGCGCCAUGCACGGAGUGGGAUAUCAAUACGUCGUCAAAGCCUUCGAAACGGCAGGUCUGAAGAAACCGAUAAGUGUGAAAGAACAACAAGACCCGGACCCGGAGUUCCCGACGGUGACGUUCCCGAAUCCCGAGGAGUUGCAGUGCCUGGAGCUGAGCAUGGCAUUAGCUCAGCAACAUAACGUCAGACUCGCGCUCGUCAAUGAUCCCGACGCUGACAGGCUCGCCGUCGCCGAAUAUGACGAGCAAUCUGCCUCAUGGAAGAUCUUUACUGGUAACGAGAUGGGAUCGUUGCUGGGCUGGUGGCUGCUGCGGCAGUACUACCGGCGGCGGCCGGACGCGUCGCCGGACCACGUGUACGUCAUCUCCAGCAUCGUCAGCUCCAAGAUGUUGCGCGCCGUCGUCGAAGGGAAGGGACAGUUCGUCGAGACCUUAACUGGGUUUAAAUGGAUGGGUAACACGACCCUUCUGCUGUCACAACAGAGCAAGACGGCGGUGUUCGCGUUCGAGGAGGCCAUCGGGUACAUGUGCAACGCAAGAGUGCCAGACAAGGACGGCGUGUCGGCCGCCGUACACGUAGCUUCAUUAGCAUCUCACUUGUACGCAAAAGGUUCGUCCCUCAACCAACAAUUGCAAGCGUUGUAUGCCGAGUACGGAUACCACGUGUCUUACAACGCGUACUACAUCUGCCACGAGCCGGCAGUCAUACAGAAGAUAUUCAGGCGGAUAAGGAACUACCAUGGACCGGGGGAGUAUCCAAGGCAAGUGGGUUCACAUGAGAUAGUGUUUAUAAACGAUUUCACUGCUGGAGUGAAGAUACCGGAAGAGACUAACGGCGGACCGCACUUGAGUGUGCUCGGCACCGGCCUGGACCAGGAGUACACGAGCGGCGAGAUGAUCCUCCUGCGCACGCGCGGCGGGCUCGCGCUCACCGCGCGCACCAGCGGCACCGAGCCCAAGCUCAAGUACUACAGCGAGCUCGUCUGCGACGCGCCCACCGCCGGGGACCAAAUGCAAAUGAAGGAAAAACUAAAGGAGAUGGUGGAAGAAUUUGUUGAAGAGCUCUUACAACCGAAAGAGAAUGGUUUGUUGUAAGAUAAUUUAUUUUUAUAGCACUAUAAUGGUAUAUUAUAAUUGUUAUUUUUCGUAUACUUGAUGUUACUUGUUUAUAUAAUCACAUCGUUUUGCAGCCCUACGAUAUGAUAAAACUGUUGACGAGGGUCGGUAGGUAAUAUACAGGGUUGUUUUGAUAUAAUAACGAAUAUUUUCACCAACAAUCCUUUUAGUUUUCUGAAUUUCUGAUCAUUUUGUAGUAUAAUGCGAACAUGGCGCGUGCGUGAGUGUAUUUCUGACUGAAAGUAUGAUGCCGCUGCAAAGAAUUCUCUUAGAGUAGUACUCGUGGCUUUAGGGCGCGUAAAAUUAAAAUUAAAUUUUAUUAAUAUUUAUUUUGUUCGAAACUUCACUUUUUUAUUUUACAUCUACGGCUGUUGUAACUUAUUGUAAAGUAUUAUUUCUAAGUAGAUAAGUAUGUGGUUUCAUUUAGUAACGCGAUGUCAAAAUGACCCUGUAUAACAAAUUAACAAAUGGGUACAAUUUAUAUGCAAUCGGGUUUACAUGAUGAUUUUUAAACCAUACGAUCAUAUUUUAUUUUCAUUUCACAUUUUACAUAUUGUUCUAAACAUUUUUUAUUGAGAUGUUGUUGUAACAUUUGUGUAUCAUUUCUCUUAAAGUUUUUAAUCUUAGAGUAUUUUGUCUCUUAUGUAAAAUAAUAAUAUCUAUUAUUUUAGGUGAAUUUCUAACGCAAUUUUGAUAACUUACUCCAUAAUUUACUUUUGUAUAACAAAACUUGUGCUACUAGGAUAAAAUAUCUUUAAAGCUUUACGAUUUAAUCAUCGUCCCGCUGUUUCUAAAAUAAGCUAUUGAGUGGCUGUGCACGCCAAUAUAAAGGCAAAUGAUUUUGCAUUUAAAUAAAUAAUACAAGCAAUUUUUAAAAUAAGUUUCAAAAUCUACACGUAUACUAAUAUAUAAAGCUAAAGAAUUUGUUUGUUUCAACGUGCUUAUCUCAAUAAUAUAAAAACAUUUGAUUUUUUUUUUCAGUGUUAAAAAUCUAUAUUGCCUCUGAGUCCUAUAGGCUACUUUAUAUCCCGGAAAUAUUUAAUACGGAAAAACAAAACUUUUACGCGGCCGGACCCGCAGACAAAAGCUAGUAAAUAUAAUACAGAAUAUACAAUUUUAGAAGAUUUUCGACCGUAAAUUAUAAGUUUAAAUAAUUUUCAUCCACGCACCAAAGAGACACGAACCAUUCCGUUCUGUGAUAGGUUAGGUAUGUGAUAAACAUUUGGUCCACAAGACCAUUUCCUUUUACUAUUUGUAUGGGAAAUAAAAUAUUAAUAAAUA